AUGUCGGCUCAGAACUCCGCGGGCAUCCAGACCCUCCUCGACGCCGAGAGAGAGGCUCAGAAAAUUGUCCAGCAAGCCAGAGAAUACCGCACCAAGCGCAUAAGAGACGCCAAGUCAGAGGCUCAGAAGGAGAUCGAAGAUUACAAGAAGCAGAAGGAAGAGGAGUACAAGAAGUUUGAAGGCGAGCACUCUAGUGGCUUCAAGGCUGCCGAAGAAGAGUCCAACAAGGAAGCCGAUGUCAAGCUGCAGGAAAUCAAGGAUGCUGGCAAGAAGCAAGGCGAUGAGGUGGUCGAAGGUCUCAUUCGUGUGACGACCGACGUGAAGCCCCAGGUGCCUGAGAAGAUCGCCGCAUAA